AUGAGGCGAACAGUGGCGAAUCUUGCGGCGAAGAAAUUUUCACACAUCAAUUCGGCUGGAAAAGCGAAUAUGGUUUCGGUGACCGAAAAACUGCCAACAGUUCGUACUGCCGUCGCUUUUUCUUCGAUAAAAGUCUCAGAUGAAUGCUACCAGAUGAUAGUCGACAAUCAGCUGUCAAAAGGAGACGUUCUAUCCGUCGCUAGAAUCGCCGGAAUUCAAGGCGCCAAGAAGACUUCUGAGCUGAUUCCUCUCUGCCACAAUAUUCCGAUUGACAAAGUUGACAUUUCCUUUGAUUUUGACGAAGAAAACUGCUCGAUUUUGGUCGAAUGCUUCGCCAAGACUUUUGGAAAGACUGGGAUUGAGAUGGAAGCGCUGACGGGGGCUUCUGUUGCUUCGCUGACGAUUUAUGACAUGGUCAAAGCUGUCGACAAAACUGCUGUCAUUCAGCAAACGAAGCUCAAAUCAAAAACUGGUGGAAAGUCGGGCGAUUUCAAUUCUUCUGAAUAA